AUGUGCGGCAAGACAGUUGUCAAGCUGGCUAAAGAGAUUAAAAAAGCGCAAGAGGCAGACUUUAUUACCCACCUCAUCUCUACUAUCCUGCUCCUUAUUAGAGGUGCAGGCAGCGUUAUUUUCCAGGCCGGUUUCAGAUUCAUAGGCCGAAUGCUCGUUGGUCUGGCCGAGGCUGGAAACACAGGUGUCGGUAUCUACACCGCCUUAGGCACGCCCGAGUCCGUCCCUAUGUUGAUCUUUGGUUUGGUUAUGAGCGCUGCAAAUAUCCGAGAUGUAGCCAGGGUGACCCAGGGUGCCAACUUAAAGAGGUCGAUGAAGUGGGAGGAGAUUGCCGACUUCAGUGCGGAGCCCGCCAUGCCUUCUUUAUAUUCCUUUUAUAAGUUCGCAGAUCUACUAUACGAGCUCAGGCUGCUUAUCUAG